AUGUACUUUCCUGUGGCUGCCCAGUGUCCCCGUGAGGUGCAGACGACGCGGGACGCCCGAAAUUCGGAAAUGAACUCAGUGGCCUUUGACGAUGUGGCUAUAAACUUCACCCAGGAAGAGUGGGCUUUGCUGGAUACUUCCCAGAAGAAUCUCUACACAGAUGUGAUGCAAGAAGUCUUUAGGAACCUGAAUUAUAUAGAGAACGGGUGGGAAGACCAGAACAUUGAGGAGGACAAAAAUCCUGAGAUAAAUCUAAGGCACAUCAUAACUGACUCUGGAUACAACCUAUAUGAAAAUCAAGAAUAUUCAGAGAAGCCAUAUAAAUUUACACAAUAUAGGAAUUCUUUCAUUUCUCUUAUGAGUAUUCAAAGACAUAUGACAAUGGACACUGGAAGUAAACCUUAUAAAUGUAUGCUAUGUGGGAAAGCCUUUCAUUUCCCCAGUGAAUUUAGAAUACAUCUAAGAACUCAUACAGGAGAGAAGCCUUAUGAAUGUAAACGAUGUGGGAAAGCUUUCAGUCAUUCCAGUUCCUUUAGAAAACAUGAGAGAACUCAUACAGGAGAGAGGCCCUAUGUAUGUAAACAAUGUGGGAAAGCCUUUAAUUGUUCUGGUUCCAUCCGAAAACAUGAAAGAACUCAUACCGGAGAGAAGCCCUAUGAAUGUAAACAGUGUGGAAAAGCCUUCAAUUGUCCCAGUUAUCUUCAAAUUCAUGAAAGAAGUCACACUGGAGAGAAGCCCUAUGAAUGUAAACAGUGUGAUAAGACAUUCAGUUGUUCCAGUUCCCUUCGAAAACAUGAAAGAACUCAUACUGGAGAGAAGCCUUAUGAAUGUAAACAGUGUGGUAAAGCCUUCAGUUGUUCCAGUUCCUUUCGAAAGCAUGAACGAACUCAUACUGGGGAGAAGCCCUAUGAAUGCAAACAGUGUGGUAAGGCCUUCUUUUCUCUCACAAGUGUCCGAACACACAUGAUAAAGCACACUGGCAAUGGGCCUUUUAAAUGCAAUGUAUGUGAGGAAGUGUUUCCUUUUUCUAGUGUAUUUAGAAGACAUCAAACAUCUCAUGCUGGAGAGAAGCCCUAUGAAUGUAAACAAUGUAGUAAAUGGUUUAGUUCUUCCACUUCACUUCAAAUACAUGAAAGAACUCAUAAUGGGGAAAAACCCUUUGUGUGUAAGCAAUGUGGUAAAGCAUUCAGUUGUCCCAGUUACAUUAGAAAACAUGAACGAACUCAUACUGGGGAAAAAUCCUAUCCAUGUAAACAAUGUGGCAAGUGGUUUAGUGCUUCCAGUUCUCUUCAAAUACAUGAAAGAAUUCAUACUGGAGAAAAGCCCUAUAAAUGUAAACAAUGUGGUAGAGCAUUCAGUCGGUCCACUUCCAUUCGAAAACAUGAACAAAUUCAUACAGGGGAGAAACCCUAUGAAUAUAAUGUGGGAAAGCCUUCACUUCCAGUUGAAAUUGAUUACUAAAUAGUCUUAUGAAUGUAAAUUCUGGUAAACCCUCAAGUUCUCUCACAGGCUUUUGAAUAAAUACACUGGAAAUGGACCUUUUAAAUGUGAGUUAUGUCAAAAGCCUUUCACAGUCCCAGGAUAUUUAGAGCACAUCAAAUAACUCAUGCAGGAAAGAAACAAAGUGAAUGUAAAAAAUGUGGUAAAUCCUUCACAUCUUCUGGGUAUCCUCAAAACCAUAAAAGAAUUCAUGUUGGAGAGUAUCCCUACUAAUGAAAGCAAUGGAGAAUCAUCUAUUACAAAUUGCCUUUAUAAACAUGAAUGAACUCGUACUAGAGAAACAUACUUUGAGUACAAAUAAAUAUGGUAAAUAUCACAUUUUCCCAUUUGCCUUCAAAGAAACUAAAAUAUUCAUUGGACAACAAGUCAUCAGAAAGUGAUUGUAAGGAAUAUGAAAAAAAGUUUUCUUGGUUCUUUUAAAGGACACAGAAAGACUGACACUGGAUAAUAACCCUGUGUAUGUGAGAAAAAUGGUUAAGGCUUCAGAUGCCCCAGUUCUUUUAGAUUAUAUGAAAGAAUACGUACCAGAUAAAACACUAUGAAUAGGAAUGUGGGAGAAGUAUUCAAGUUUUCAGUUUUCUUUAAAGACAUUAAGUAGAGGGGGAAAAAAGCCUGUAGCUCUAAGCAAUGUGGUUAGGCUUUCAAUUUUUAUAGUUCUUUUUGAAAACCAUGGAAGAACUCUGGAGAAAAGGCUGAGUGUAAGAAAUGUCAGAAGGCCUUCAAUUUUCCCAUUUUCAUUCAAUGACAUGAAAGAACUCGUUUAGAAAAAGACUGUCAGGGACGCAGAAAGUCUCCCAACUUCAUUUCUCAUGGAAAGACACGUGAUAAUGCACACUGGAGAUGGACAUGCAUUACACUGACUUUACAAUGUGAAAACAUUGCUUUUCUGGGUUAAAGCAUGGAAUGUGUCUUUAUAUUAGAUACAAUUUUGUAGUAUUUUGUUGAGACUUUUUACAAUUGUAUUCAAAGAGAUUUGUGUAUCUUGGUAUAAUAUAUAAUAUAGUAUUAUUUAGUACAUACAGUGUAUGCAUGUGUAUAUGUGUAUCUGUAGGAUACGUAUAGUUUGUACAUGAGUAGUAUAUAUUAUAUAACUAGUUCAUAUGAUAUGUAAUUAAAAUAUAUGUAACCGCUAUUUUACUACAUAGUAGCAUACUACAUUGGUUAUGCUAUUGGAAUCUUAUCAAUGUGUAGAAUAAAGCAUUUCAGUUACCCACACCACUCCCCA